UCUAUAGAAAGCCUUCUUCUGCUCUCAAACAGUACUUGAACAUUCUCUCUCUCUACCUAUCUCUGAGAUUGCUUCUUCGCUAUUGCUGAAUUCUCUCUCUUUUUCACCUAACCCUAAUUAUUCAUUAUUGUUCCUGAUAUUCAUCGGCGAUGAGUUCGGAGGAAGCCAAGGUCGUUGUUCCGAGGAACUUUAGAUUGUUGGAAGAGCUUGAAAGAGGUGAGAAAGGUAUUGGAGAUGGUACUGUAAGCUAUGGAAUGGAUGAUGCUGAUGAUAUUUAUAUGCAAUCUUGGACUGGCACCAUUCUUGGUCCUCCUAAUACUGCAUACGAAGGGAAAAUCUUCCAGCUGAAGCUGUUCUGUGGUAAGGAGUACCCUGAAAGUCCACCAAGUGUGAGGUUCCAGACCCGGAUAAACAUGGCUUGUGUUAACCCAGAAUCUGGAGUGGUUGAACCGAGUCUCUUCCCUAUGCUCACUAAUUGGCGGCGAGAAUACACAAUGGAGGACAUACUGGUUAAGCUGAAAAAAGAAAUGAUGACAUCUCAUAACCGGAAGUUAGCUCAACCCCCAGAAAGUAGCGAGGAAGCUAGGGCAGAUCCAAAGGGACCAGCUAAAUGUUGUGUGAUGUGAAGAGAGAGGUUGGUGGGAAUCGGCAAUUUGUAUUAAUAUAAAGGACAGUGUAUAUAAACAUCAUUUGAAGCUUUGAAAAUUGCCUACAACUUCCUAAUGUUAUAGUCUUGUUUGAGAAUAUAUAUGUUCGCCAAAAACAGGUGUUGAUUAUCUUAAUAAACCUUCACUCUUCUUUUUCUU